UACAAGUUUUUGUGUUCUGUAUUCUCUCUCAUCCUUACGUUGGACUGUACUACCUCUCCCUGCGAAGAAAAUAGCAAAGGUGUAAGCUUUUUGACGACCACAAAUCACGCCGUUGAUUUCUCGUUUCCUUGCCGAAUGGACGAAUCGUCGCCGUCGUCGUCUCCGGAGAAAACGGCGCUUCUGGAUUCUCCGCUCCAUUUAUUUGGGUUUCGGAUGCACGAGUUGUCUCCCACCAAAGUCUCGGGUCUCCUCCCUAUCACCGAAACGUGUUGCCAGCCGUUCAAGGUGUUGCACGGCGGAUUAUCGUCGCUGAUAGCGGAGGCGCUGGCUAGCAUCGGGGCGCACAUCGCCAGCGGUUUCCAAAGAGUGGCGGGGAUCCACCUUAGCAUCAAUCACUUGAAGCGCGCUGAACUUGGUGACCUCAUCUUUGCCGAAGCUACCCCCGUUAACCGUGGCAAGACUAUUCAGGUAUGGGAGGUGCGACUAUGGAAAACAGAAGCCUCAAAUCCAACCUCAGAGAGCAGUAAUAGAUCCUUGGUAUCAUCAUCGAGGGUCACUCUUAUUUGCAACUUGCCAGUGCCGGAGCACGCUAAGGACGCCGGAGAAAAUCUCAAGAAGUAUGCCAAGCUAUGAGUAUUCUAUAUUUGCUUCAAUAAACUCAACAACCAGUGAAGGAUCACUUGUAUUAUUCAUAUAUCCAUUGGUUGAACAACAAUUCCUGCAUUGUUCUUAAUCUAUAAAUGUAAUACAUGUUCGGUUAUACCGGCUCA